CUGAAUAGAAGAUUUGAUAAAUACGCACAUGCAGACAGUCGAUGUGAAAAGGGAGAAGGCUCAUUCGCUCGCACGUCUUUUUUACCGCGGCCUCUUUCGCGUUGCUUAGCUACCCUAAAAGAAAACCGGCCCCGUUUUAGAUCACGACUUUGUACAUCGCCAUUUAAACCUAAGGGUAUAUUUAUAUCAGAAUCAUUCAAAACUAUCGGCUAAAAAAGGAUUCAUAAAUAAGAUCGCAAUUUUUUUAUCUCAUUCCUGACCACCAUCACAAUGCCGACCUCAAACACGUAUUCAAGGCCGAUACGGCAUAUCCAGCGCGAGGAGCUCUACACCAACCUCGAAAUGCGAAUUCAGUAUCUCCACUCAUUCCUCGACUUUUCAAGCCGUGACAUUGACGCUCUUGUCAACGACUCUAAAUACAUAAAGGCUCUCAUCCCUGCCGUUGCCAACAUUGUCUAUAAAAAGCUCCUGCAGUAUGACAUUACCGCCCAGGCCUUUACUGUUAGAAGUACAUCCUACGAGGGUCCUCUGGAUGAGAUUCCCGAUGAGAACAGCCCGCAGAUUCUGCAUCGCAAGAUGUUUCUACGAGCGUACUUGAGCAAGCUGUGCUCAGAUCCCAGCAAGAUGGAGUUUUGGGAGUACCUCGACAAGGUCGGCAUGAUGCACGUUGGUCUUGGUCGAAAACACCCCCUCAACGUCGAAUACAUCCACCUCGGCGCUUGCCUAGGCUACAUUCAGGACGUCCUAAACGAGGCUAUUCUCUCUCACCCCCGUCUCCACAUCCAGCGCAAAAUCGCCCUCGUCAAGGCCCUCAACAAGGUCAUCUGGGUGCAAAAUGACCUCAUGGCCAGGUGGCACGUCAAAGAUGGCGCUGAGUACGAGACUCCCGACUCGGAAAUCGAGAUUGAGAGCGAGGGAUACCUCCACGGGAAGAAGGUCUUUAAUGACGAGGAUAUGCAAGAUCAAGCCAAUGGCGAGGCAUCUCCCGAGAGAUCAUCAUGUCCCUUUUCUGGAAUGCCGGCUUCAGGGAUACCGGUGAAGCAUGUUGACUUUAAGGAAGCCACAUAAAGGCAGAAUAGUCUCCAAAGCGAUAAAACGGGGGUGGG